AUGCAUCGGCUCCUUACCUUUUUCUGCCUCCUGACAGUCACAGCGUCACAGGGCACUGACAAGGUCCUAGGUGGGGAGGAGUGUCCCCCCCACUCCCAGCCAUGGCAGGUGGCACUCUUCGAAGGGAGUCGCUUCAACUGUGGGGCUUCCCUCAUCUCCAACCAAUGGCUGCUUACCGCUGCCCACUGCAACACGAGCAGGAUGCGGGUCCGGCUCGGGGAGCACAACCUCCGUGUAUGGGACGGAGUGGAGCAGCUGCGGGGAGUGGUCAGUGCUUUCCCCCACCCUCGCUACGAGAGUCGCGGCCACCACGAUGACAUCAUGCUCCUCCGCCUGACCCGACCGGUCAGCCUCUCAGCCUGCGUCCGGCCCGUGGCCCUGCCCACCCGCUGCCCCCGGCCGGGGGAUCAGUGCGUGGUCUCGGGCUGGGGGCUGGUGGCCGAAUCCAAGGAAGGGAGCCGAAGUCUCCUGGGUGACCGAGCUCCUGUGCCCACCGUGAAGCUCCCAGACACUCUCCACUGUGCUAACAUCAGCAUCAUAUCAACUGCUUCCUGCAACAAGGACUACCUUGGGAAGGUGACAGACACCAUGGUGUGUGCAGGUGUCGAAGGAGGAGGCACUGACUCAUGUGAGGGUGACUCAGGAGGCCCCCUGGUCUGUGGGGGAACUCUGCAGGGUAUUGUCUCAUGGGGUGACGUCCCCUGUGACACCACCACCAAGCCAGGGGUCUAUACCAAAGUAUGCAAAUACUUGGGGUGGAUUCGGGAUGUAAUGAAGAAGCACUGA